AUGGAGGAGGCCAAUGUUGUGAUCAAGAAUAACCUGUGCACAACUUGUCCUUCAGAAAGUGAGGAUGGUGCCCUUCUAUCUGCGAUGAUGCUUAGUACUACUGUAGUGUACCCUGCAGUUCUAAAUGCUGCUAUUCAGCUCAAUUUGUUUGAGAUCAUAGCUAAGGAAACACCAAAUGGUUGUUCAUUGAUGUCAUCCCAUGAUAUUGCUUCUAAGCUCCCAAACCAACACCCUGACUUGCCUAAUAGGCUUGAACGCAUGCUGCGUUUGCUUGCUAGUUAUUCUGUUCUUACUAGUUCCACUCGCACUGCACAACAUGGUGCCACUGAGACAGUUUACGGACUCUCACAAGUUGGACAAUACUUUGUUCCAGAUGGCACUAGGGGCUCCUUCGCUUCAUUCGCGACCUUUCUGUGUUACCCUGCACUCUCACCAGUUUGGCUGAAUUUCAAGGAAGCAGUGGUUGGUGCAGACAUUGACUUGUUCAAGAAACUUCAUGGAGUAACAAAGUACCAGUACAUGGAAAAGGAUUUAAAAAUGAACCAAGUUUUUAACAAGUCAAUGGCGGACUUGUGUGUAACAUAUAUGAUUAGAAUACUUGAAAUAUAUACUGGAUUUGAGGGAAUAUCAACAUUGGUUGAUGUAGGAGGUGGAAAUGGACAAAAUCUCAAAAUGAUCAUUUCUAAAUACCCUUUAAUUAAAGGAAUUAAUUUUGAUCUGCCCCAAGUGAUCGAAAAUGCACCACUACUUCCAGGGAUUGAGCAUGUUGGAGGAGAUAUGUUUGCAAGAGUACCGCAGGGUGACGCCAUAAUACUAAAGGCUGUAUGCCACAAUUGGUCUGAUGAAAAAUGCUUAGAAAUUUUAAGCAAUUGUCACAGAGCAUUGUCUCCAACUGGGAAGGUGAUUGUUGUGGAGUUCAUAUUGCCAGAAGAACCAGAACCAACUGAACAAUCUCAGCUCUUUUCCACCCUUGACAACAUUAUGUUUAUCACAGCUGGUGGAAAGGAAAGAACUCAGAAACAAUACGAGAAUUUGUGCAAGCUCUCUGGAUUUUCAAAUUUUCAAGUUGCUUCCCGCGCCUACUCUUGUCCGGGAGUGAUGGAAUUCUACAAAUAA